AUGGACAAGCCAAAAACCCACCCGCAGACAGAAGGGCAAGGUAGUCAAGAGAAGAAAGAGCCUCAGCUUCGAAGUGUGGAGGAAUAUCAGAAAUACUGGGAUCAACUGCUCCAGAAUACAGCGGAUCAGAUCCAGAGGAUCCGAGACAAGGAACAAGCAGCAGAGCGGUCAAACCAAGACUCGCAACAAUGA